AUGAAGUCCAUUUUAGGGUUUUUACCCCUCCUGUGUCUCAUUUGGGCCCCUGCACCGCGCAGUAGCGCAGCAGCAGCGCAGCAGCAGCAGCAGCAGCAGCAGCAGCAGCAGCGGCUGUCUUUCCUGCAUGCCAGGCGCGAGCGACCCAGGGGCCCCCAGAGGCCCCCCGAGAGGCCCCUCGAGCCUCACCAGCUCUUCCAGAGGCCCCAAAGAAGGGUAAGGGGGGGGGGGCCCCUGCAGCAGCAGCGGCGGGGGCAGCAGCGGCAGCCUGCGAGAGUGGUGCAAAGGGCCCCUGCUGCUGCUGCUGCUGCUGCUCCUGCUGCUGCUGCUGCUGCGGGCAGACGCCGGCAGCUCGGGCGCGCAAGGGCCCCCGAGACCCCAGUGCCACUGGGGCCCCAGCAGGGGCCCUAUGGGCCCCUCAGGGGGCCCCUCAGGGGCCCCUAUGGGUACCGGGGGGGCCCCCAAGGACCCCUCUGGGGGCCCUCUGAGUACCGCUUGCAGCAGCAGGUUCCUGCUGCUGCUGCUGCUGUCCCCGUUGAGCAGCAGCUGCUGCCAUCUGAACCGGAGGGCCCUGCGCGCGAGCAGCCAGCAGGAGCAGCAGCAGCAGCAGCAGCAGCGCCUUUCGCUGCUGCCCCUGCUGCUGCUCCUGCCGCAGCAGCAGCUGCUGCUGCUGCCUGGCAGACUGAGGCGGUGCUGCAGGAGCUGUCUGCUGCUGCGUCGCAGCUGCUGCGGCUGCCGGGCCGCGAAGCAGAAACCGAACCCGCAGCAGCAGCAGCAGCAGCAGCAGCAGCAAGCCUGCGGGCGCUGCAGCACUUGGCGCUGCCGGACUUGAGCAGCCCCACACUUUCUGCUGCAGCAACUCUGACUUUUGCUGAAGUUUCUUCUGUCCCCGAGAAGCAUUUGCUGCUGCGAAAAGUACCCUUUUAUAAUCGGGGGCCCCUCCACCAGGGGCCCCUUGCUGCAGCAUUUGAGUUGGAGGCUGCGGGGGCCCCCCUGAGUACCCUUUACGGGGGCCCCCUGCACCUGCGGCUGCCCUUUGGGCCGCUGCUGCUGCUGCAGCGCAGCAGCAGCAGCACGGAAGAGCCCCCCGGGCUUCCUGCUGCAGUGCUGGCAGCAGCAGCAGCAGCAGAACAGCACACGCAGCGGGCGCUGCGGCUGCUGCAGCGGCUGCAGCUUCGUGCAGCAGCAGCAGGGGUCCCUGCAGCAGCAGCAGCAGCAGCUUCCGCGCUGCUGCUGCCGCUUUUUGCUGCUGAAGUCUCCAGAUUUUCCCAAAACUUUGCAUGGACAAAACUUUUUGUCUUUUCUCCGCAUGCAACUUUAACUCCUUCUUUUGCAUGCACUUUGCAUGCGCUUUUGGGGCUGCCAGCCCCAAAAGGGCCCCACAAACCCCACACUGCAGCAGCACCGCUGCAUGCACUGCCUUUGCAUGCGCAUGCAAGUACCCAGGGGCCCCUUUCGGGGGCCCCCCUGGCCGGCCAGGGGCCCCCGGGGGCCCUCCCACUUCCUGAAGAGUCUGAAGAGGGGGCCCCCGUGCUGCUGUCAGCAGCAGCAAGAGAGCAUGCAGCGCUGCGGCUGCUGCAUGCAGUUUCGCAGCUGCAUGCACUGGGGCUUUCUUUUGGGGCUUUGUCUUUGGAGUCUGCUGUAGUGACACCUCGGGGAGAAGUUUAUCUUUCCGAUCUGGAGGCCACUCUAGCAGCAGGAGACAGAGUGCCCUGCGCAGCAGCAACAGCAGCAGCAGCAGCAGCAGCAGGGACUGCAGCAGCAGCGCCGCUCUGCGUCCUCGAGCAGCAGCAGCUGCAGCAGCAAAUCCGGCACGAGUCCCUGCAGCUGGCUUUUCUUAUUUUCCAAGUUUUGACUCAUGGCCAAAUGCCUUUUGGUUUAGAAAGGGAUUUAACUCCCACUGAGGCCUUGCAGGCGCUGCAGCAGCAGCAGCAGCAGCAGCAAGAGCAGCAGCAGCAGCAAGAGCAGCAGCAGGAGCAGGAACAGGAGCAACAGGAGCAGCAACGGGAGCAGCAGUCGGAAGAGGAGCAGCAGCAGCAGCAACCGCAGCUGCUGCAGCUGCAGCAGGUGCUGCUACCGCAGCCGGCGCAACCACUGCAGCAGCAGCAGCAGGUGCUGGAGCAGCAACAGCAGAUGCAGCUGCAGCAGCAGGUGCAGCAGCAGCAGGUGCAGCAGCAGCAGGAGGUGCAGCAGCAGCAGCUGCUGCUGCAGGAGCAGGAACGGGUGGCGGAGCAGCAGCAAGAGGCGCUGCAGCGGCAGCAGCAGCAGCAGCAGCAGCUGCUGCUGCAGCAAGGAGACCUUUGCCAGUUCGCAGGAGUGUCUCCUGAAACUCUUGCUGCUGCAGUCAAGACACAAGACACGGGGGGCCCCGCGGGGGGCCCCUCGGGGGGCCCCUCGGGGGGCCCCCCGGAGGGCCCCUGGGUACAGUGUCUGCUGUCUUUGUUGGGGUGUGGGGCCCCACAGUUGACAGCAGUGGAAGCUGUUGAAGUUUAUUUUCCUCAAGUUCUUUUAUUUAAAUAA